UAUAUAAAAUAAAAUAAAUGUUUACCAAUCACAGUCGAUUUCUUCUUUUACAUUCGACUGUGAUUGAUCAAUUUCUACUAUUUUACUGCUUACUGCCAGUGUAGAAUGGACUUAAGCUAGGCCAGACUGGAGUCAAAUUGAGCACAUGUGCUUCCCUCGAGGUGUACGGAAGUAUAUUAAUUAAGUUUGUUUAAAAUUAAAAAUUAUGACAGUUCAAGUGCAAAUUGUACACGUGCACGCGUAAGUUUCGAGUAAAGUUACGGGCUUUUACGCGCGAGCGUCAAGAUGCAGAUGAAAUUGGCCAAGAAGGAGAGCCGGGCGAAUCGGAGCGUUAACCUCGUCGAUGUGGACGACUUGGUUGUAAAGAGGAAAGGCGGUGGAAGUAUAAUCGAUCAACGCCCGUUGUUUUCCAACGAGGGAGAUACUCUGUAUAUAUUGUGGAAGAAUGUUAUAAGAGUGUACAGUACGCAAACGGGGGACUUCGUGCGAGAGUUCGAGGCCGCAGAUUACAGAAUUACCGGGAUGCUUAUACAUCCAGACAACAACAAUGUUAUCAUUGGUUGCACCGAGAACGGAGAGCUCAACUGCUGGAGUUGCCAGAGUGGCAUUAUCACUAAGAAGCUGCAAUUGAAAUAUGAAACAAACUACAAAAUAAAGAUUAGGACCUUUCACAUUGUAAAAUACAAGAUGUUUCAAGGAAAUGAAGUGUGCCAAGCAUUGAUAACUUCCCUUUUGCUGCGAGAUGGACGCAAAGAGAUACACGUAGCUCUAUUCGAUAUAGAAAGUGGAACUUGUACAAAAUCGACGUUCAUCUUGACAAAGUCGUGGGAAUAUUAUAUCGACGUGAUAGGAAACCACGGGGAGAAUUUAAUAGCACUUUUGCACGAUGUAGACUUACAUAUAUUAAAUCCAGCCAGGAAUUUAGUCGAUAAACUACACAAGACUGGUAGAACAGGUAGGAUACCUACUUGUAUAGCGGGACACCCGGAAGAGGAGUGCGUCGCUACUGGAGAUUCCACUGGGCGUGUAGUAGUAUGGAGAAGUCUCUUCCUAACUAGACCAUACACGGCAGUUUUCCAUUGGCACACAUUGCCAGUUACGGAAAUAGCGUUUAGCAAGUCAGGUGGCCACAUGUAUACAGGUGGCGGUGAAUGUGUAUUGGUAAAAUGGACUCUCGCGAAUCCACAGCACAAGUCAUUUCUGCCGCGAUUACCGGCGCCGAUUAAACAUCUCACCAUCGCGCCUGACAAUUUGUAUGUAGCUGUAUCGACUUUAGACAAUGGUAUUGUUAUCGUAAAUCCGCAAAAGAAACUGACGUCGGUGAUACAAAACUUUACGUGGGGCGUUGCCUCGUCGUCGAAAGACUUGUUUCCCGCAGGUCUGAUCGUCGAUCCGAGAACGGGUUCUCUUGUUCUAAAUAGUCGUACUGGGCACGUUCAAUUUUACAAUAUUCACACGAAGAAUCUACUGUACAAUAUUAAUAUAACUGCGCAAAAUUUUUUGACUCAAGAACGCGAUGUAAUUAUUGUAAAUACGGAAGUUACAAAGUUAGCUCUGAACCAUGACGGCACAUGGAUGGCGACAGUCGAAGAGAGGCACGAUAAAGUCUCGUCUAUAGAAGUGCGAUUGAAAUUUUGGAUAUUCGAUCUGAAACAGCAGAUAUUUGUAUUGAAUACAUCUAUCGAGUUACCUCACGAGGAUGGGGUAAAUACGCUGCAAUUUCAACCGAACACGACGUUUGACGAUGAAGAGUGGUUAGCAGUCACCACUGGGAAGGACAACAAAUUUAAAUUGUGGAAUUUAGGCAAAUCCCCAAGUACAGAAAAAGAAACGAGACAUUGGUAUUGUUACGGAGUAGGCGACUAUCGUAAUCUACCUGCUACGGAUGCGGCUUUCUCGAUGGAUGGUUCGUUACUGGCUAUCGGUUUUUCUUCCACCUUAACCAUAUGGAUACCCGAAACGUGUGAAUUGAAAUCCAGUCUCACGCAUUCCCAAUACAACCAUCCGAUUACACGAAUAGAAUUUGGCAAACACGAGGCCUGUCAUCUCGUGGUAGUUGCGUCUCGGCAGCACGUCACAGUCUGGAAUAUUUUAACCCUCGCUAUAACGUGGAGCGUGCCGUUGAGUGUGGUCAGUCUCAUCGCCGACCCGAAGUCCACGUAUAUGGCGGCAUUUACGUCCGAUAAUUCGCUAUACAUAUUCACGCCACAAAAUGCGACAUACGUUUACAAGAAAACGUGUCUCAUCGAAAACUACAUCGAAAACACUAGCUCGAUAUUGGCGGCCGCCUUCGUGCCCCAUUUGCAGGAGAAGCGCAACUCUCCGCUCGGGCAGUGGCAACAAAAGUCGCAACUCUUCUUUUUGGAUUCGAAUCAAGAAUUGCUCACGUUGGAGCCAGAGUCUGAAAUGGACAUUUCUUUGGAAAUCCUUUCGGAUAAAGGGGCCGUGCCACUGACCGCUUUCUCCAAUCUUAUAGCGGCUCAAACUUCUUCAGGCAAAGAGCAGACCGUCGCGGAAAUUCACGAACAUCUUGGCGUAUCGACGAAGGGGAUGGUAGAAGAAUUACUCAGCGUGUCGGCUCAUACUUUGCCUCCGAUAAGAUUGUUGUGCUCGUCGCUCAUCUUGUCGUUGAUGAGACAGCAAUCGUCGAGAAAUGAUCUUAGAAGUACCGAAAAAGACAGCGAUGAUGAGGACAAUCGGGAUGAUGCCUUGGACUUAAGUGACGACGAAGUGUCACGGCCGACGAAAUCAGCGGCUACGCCGACAAACGCCGAAAAUGAGGAUACGGACGAAUUAGACGUGCAACUUGUCAGUCACGAUUGGUCCUUCCUAGCCACUAUAUUUCCCGACUAAAACGGCACCGCUCAUUGAAGAACUCUCGCGUGAAGCAGCAGAUCACAAAGUUGAGUCCAUUCAACGAACGUGCAAACGCAAUUAACAUUUUGUUAAUUGAAAUAUGAGCUGCGUGGACAAUAUGUGAGCUGUACAGAAUGUUAAUUCAUUACGAGACAUUAAUAAAACAUUCAAACGUGUG